AUGGCACCAAGCGCUGUCGACGCUUUCAACAACGAUCAUCAGUAUGGACCGGUGAAGAUUGAGCAAGAGAUCAACUGUAUCUCUGACCAUGAUUUUGGAAGGAACGACUAUGUGCCCAACAAUGCCGCCAAGAUUGCCAAGGAGAUGAUUGGUGCUGCUCUGCAGAAGCAUAUCAAGAGUGUCAACCCAAGCGAGUGCGAGGCGGGAGAAGAGGAUGCCUUCUUUGUGGCGGACAUCGGUGAGGUCUACCGUCAGCAUAUGCGCUGGAAGAAGAACCUGCCUCGAGUCACGCCGCACUACGCCAUCAAGUGCAACCCUGAUCCAGUUGUUCUGCAACUGCUGGCAACUCUCGGUGCAGGCUUCGAUUGUGCCAGCAAGGCCGAGAUCGAGCAGGUGCUGAAGAUCGGUGUCGACCCCUCUCGGAUCAUCUACGCCCAGCCGUGCAAGACCAAAAGCUACCUUCGCUACACGGCGAAGCAAAACGUCAGACAGAUGACGUUCGACAACACCGAUGAGCUGUACAAAGUCAAGGAGUUGUGUCCGGAGGCUGAACUCUACCUGCGCAUCCUGACCGAUGACUCGGCCAGCUUGUGUCGUCUGAGCAAUAAGUUCGGCGCUAGCAUGGAGAACACGCAAGAACUUCUUGAGCUCGCUAAGGAACUGGAUCUGAACAUCGCAGGCGUAGCCUUCCACGUCGGAUCCGGUGCCACAGAUACUGCGGCCUUCGUCAAAGCGGUAACAGAUGCCCGCGACGUCUUCGACCGCGCCAAAGCUCUCGGCUUCGCUCCACACACCCUAGACGUGGGCGGGGGUUUCGUCUCCGAGACUUUCGAAGAAACGGCAGACGUCCUCAACAUGGCUUUGGAAGCCCACAUGCCCUCCAGCAUCCGCAUCAUCGCCGAGCCAGGCCGCUACUACACCAGCAGCGCCUUCACACUCGCCUGUAACGUCAUCGCGCGUCGUACAGUGGAGGAUCGAGAGACGGGAGAGAAGAGCUACAUGCUCUACCUCAACGACGGCGUCUACGGCAACUUCUCGAGCAUCAUUUUUGACCAUCAACACCCCAUCCCUCAAAUCCUCAGCACGUCCCGCAAGCAGAACAACUACAACUACGACCUCAGUUCCAGCACCGAGUCCCUGACCGACUCGGGCUAUACCUCCGCCUCCGAAGACACCAACUCCACGGAUCCUAGUAUCGGAGGCAAAGCAAUCACCUACUCCAUCUGGGGCCCGACCUGCGACGGCAUCGACUGCAUCUCCGAGCAGUGGAAGUCCGCUCAGACGGUCGAUGUGGGCGAUUGGUUGUACUUUGAGGACAUGGGUGCGUAUACCAAGUGCUCGGCUACGAAGUUCAAUGGGUUCACGGAUAAGCAUGAGACGAUUUAUGUUAGUUCGGAGGCUGGGGCUAGUGCUGUUCUUGGGUUUUGA